CGGACAGAACUUCCCGGGUUGGGCAGCAGGUCCUCCGGGUUGUGACGUUCCUCGUCCCGCCCUGCACCCCUCCUUCCUUGCCCCGCGCCGGCCUGGUGGUCUCUCUACUCUUUCUUCCCAUCGCUCAUCGCCCACACCGGCCGUCCAGCCAACUAACUUUCGGACCAUGGCCAACCUCGAGCGUACCUUCAUUGCCAUUAAGCCAGAUGGCGUGCAGCGCGGCCUGGUGGGGGAGAUCAUCAAGCGCUUCGAGCAGAAGGGGUUCCGCCUGGUGGCCAUGAAGUUCCUUCGGGCUUCUGAGGAACACCUGAAGCAGCACUACAUUGACCUGAAAGACCGUCCUUUCUUCCCAGGGCUGGUGAAGUACAUGAACUCGGGGCCUGUGGUGGCCAUGGUCUGGGAGGGGCUCAAUGUGGUGAAGACCGGCCGAAUGAUGCUGGGAGAGACCAAUCCAGCUGAUUCUAAGCCAGGCACCAUUCGAGGGGAUUUUUGCAUUCAAGUUGGCAGGAACAUCAUUCAUGGCAGUGAUUCAGUGCAAAGUGCAGAGAAAGAGAUCAGUCUAUGGUUUAAGCCUGAAGAAUUGAUUGACUACAAGUCUUGUGCUCAUGACUGGGUAUAUGAGUAGAGAUGGAUAGCUCUGGGUACUUCUCAGCAUUACUGAUGGAUCCCUGGGCACAGCUCUUCAUUCCUUCCACAGAAUGGAUCAUCUUUUCUAAAACAAUAAAGACUUUGGAACUGGA